AUGGCAUCACCAUCGGAAAGAAUAGAGCAAAUAGAAAGAGAACUCCAAAGAUACACAGCCAAAAAAUCCAGUGCCAAAACAUUAGCUGCAAUAGGCUCGAGCAUCUCAGAGAGAGUUAAAAUUCUAAAUGAUGUUCAUGACGAGCUAAUCGCCAUUUCUAAAGAGCUGUAUUACUAUGAUAUGGUAGAUUAUUUAGGAAACUUGAGAAUAGAUGCACUAAAGCUUUCACAGUGCCUUGUACUUGCCAAAGAGCUUGACAAGGCAAAGCAGAAGUUUAAAAAUGAUAAAGAAACUAAAUACUUAGAACAGGGCGAAAAGCUACAGAAAAGGGUGUUUUGGGUGGGCACAAACAUAAUUAAAGCUUAUAUAAAAAACCACGAGGCCUUGGAAGAUAUCAGAAACUUCUACAUUGAAAGCCCUGAAAGUGUUAAGGAAAAGAUAAGGAAACAUUACUUUUCACAGAGAAUAAAAGACAUUGAAAGAAACAUCAGAGCAUGCUCUGAGGAAGUAGAGAAAAACUACCAACUACUAAUAAUGGGAGAGGUACUUGCAUUUGAGGAGACGUUUUGCAAUGGAGUUGACACUUCAAUGCAAAAACCAGGCACUUUUGGGUUUCAUAUUUUAAUGGUUUUUAAGAGUAUCUGCAAUAAAAAAAACAAGGACAGGAUAAGAGCCAUCCUGAAGGAAAUAUCACAGAAACCAUCCCUCACAAAAAUAGAUGAGCUGUUCACGAGUGCUGCCAAGGCGCAUUAUUCAUGGCACAACACAAAAUCAAUCGAGCUUUAA